UUCUUCAUUUGAUUACAUUUUUUACAUAUGUUUGUUGAAUGUGUUGCAAUUAAUGCAAAUUUACAAUUUUAUGUGCUUUCUCUUCACUCGUCAAAUUUCUAUCACAGUUUUUUACACUAGGGCUUAUUUUCAUUAUCUUGCCCCACAAACCUACAGGCCAGCACUGCUGUAAAUAUUUAGGACUGUAAAUCAAUAUGGUAGCUAGUUAUGAUAUCUCUGAGUUAGCUAUGUUUUGUGAAAGACAAAGCGACAUUCAUGUUGAUUGUCUUAUUCUCUCUCUGUGAAACACACACAGACACACUCCCCAUACAGUUAUGCAUAAAAAUACCACAAAAAGAAAGUUAGUCAAUAUCAGACAGUGACAGUUUUCACCUCUAAAAAUCAGCAUGAUUACAAAUGUGAUACUGAUUUUAAGCAACAGUUCAAUAAGCAAUUUAACGCUUAAUAAAGCUUUUAGACGCCAUAUUGCAUAUUUUUACUCUAUUCUAAACAGACACAGCACUGUUUUGCGUCCUGAAUGAAUCAACCAUUUUAAAGCUGCAGUCUGUAAGUUUUGCCUCUUUGUCGCCAACUCUGUUUGAAAACCUGCAAUUGCAGUUAUUUGUGGAAUUUUCUUCCUUGCGUGAGUUGUGCACAUACUGACAAGAGACUGAAAGUGAAGGUAAAAGCUGUGUGAUUAAAUCUCUGUGUGUGAUCCACAGGGUGCCAUGUUGUGUCUGUGAUCCUUAACUUUGUCAUUGUCAUAGUGUAUGUGAAAGGGAAGAAAACUGGUUUGUCUGUUAAAAGUCAACAUUGUUUCUGUUUUUGUUUUGUGAAUUACAGAAAAUAGCAGAAACUGACUGAACCAAAAAAUAAAGAUAAACAGAUAAAGAUAGUGAAACUAUUUCAGCAAACAGGCUGUUUUUUGUUAAAGGAAGAACAUGAACAACUUCAGGAGAGAAAAGCUGUUUGUGAAUAAUGUCAAUCAGUUUGAGAGCAGUUCAGUUUAAUGCUGGUAUCUAGAGACGGAAUGGAUUUAUGAUCUGAAUUAAGUUUGUGUUUGAUCUUCAUUGUUGAGACAGCACUGCCUGUCUCUAUGAGAGGAGGGAGGAGGAGGAGGAUGUUCAUACACAUAAAGCAGGAACUCUAGAACCCAGCUGUGUGUCUAUGGAGAGUGUUGCAUCCAUGAAUAAUCCUAACAAUCUCAGUGAUAGAGCAGUGACCUCUGAUCCUGAAGUGAAAAAAGAUGAAGUGAUUAGAUCAGUGACGCCCUAUCUGACUUGCACCGACUCUGACUGUCAGACCCUCAUCAGGCAAAGAGUCAAAAACCAACACAAAACCAGAAUGAAGAACAAAUAUGAGAUCUUACUUGAGAGAAUCAAACUACAAGAGAAUCAAACCCUGCUAAACAGGAUCUACACACAGCUCUACAUGAUAGAGGGAGAGAAUGAAGGAGUGAAUAAAGAACAUGAGAUUUUACAAAUGAAGAAAACAGCCAAAACACUAGACACUCCAGUCUACUGCAAUGACAUCUUUAAACUCUUACAUGAACCAGGAUAUGAGGAGAAAACCAAAAUCAAGACUGUUCUUACUAAAGGCAUCGCUGGAAUUGGAAAAACUGUCUCUGUGCAGAAGUUCAUUCUGGACUGGACUGAAGGAAAAGCCAAUCAGGAUGUAGAUUUCAUGUUUGUGCUUCCAUUUCAAGAGCUGAACUUGAUUAAAGAUCACCAGUACAGUCUUCACAGACUUCUGCUGGAUUUUCAUCCUGAGCUACAAGAUAUGGAUUCAAAGAUUUAUGAGGAGUGUAAAGUUGUUUUCAUCUUUGAUGGUCUGGAUGAAAGCAGAAUUACACUGUUUUCCGAUGAUAAGAAAGUUUGUGAUGUGAAUGAAUCUUCAUCAGUGGGUGUGUUGAUGUCAAACCUCAUCAGAGGAGAGCUGCUUCCCUCUGCUCUCAUCUGGAUCACCUCCAGACCAGCAGCAGCCAAUCAGAUCCCCUCAAAAUACAUCAACCAUGUGACAGAAAUUCAGGGAUUCAAUGAGCCACAGAAGGAAGAAUAUUUCAGAAAGAGAAUUAGUGAUGAGUAUCAAGCCAACAGAAUCAUCUCACACAUUAGAAGAUCAAGAAGCCUCAACAUCAUGUGUCACAUACCCGUCUUCUGCUGGAUCACAGCCACUGUGCUUCAAAAGCUCCUGAAACAAGAUGAGAGUGCAGAAAUCCCUCAAACUCUGACUGAAAUGUACAUCCACUUCCUGCUGACUCAGAUCAACGUGAGGAAUCAGAAGUAUGAUGAGAGAGAUCCAGAGAAACUCCUGAAGUCCAACAGAGACGUGAUUGUGAAACUUGCUGAAUUGGCUUUCAAACAGCUGAUGAAGGGCAAUGUGAUGUUCUAUGAGGAGGACCUGACUGAGAGUGGCAUAGAUGUCACUGAUGCCUCAGUGUAUUCUGGGAUUUGCAAUGAGAUAUUUAAGCAGGAAUUUGUGAUUCAUCAGAGGAAAGCAUACUGCUUCAUACAUCUGAGCUUUCAGGAGUUCCUAGCUGCUUUACACCUCUUCUACUCCCAUGUAGUCAAGAAUGAGGAAUCAGUGAAGUCUUUUCAGAGUGAAGAAUAUAAGAGGUACAGUCAGGAAAUCUCUUUGUAUAAGUUAAUAAGAGCAGCAGUUACUAAAUCUUUGAAGAGUGAAAAUGGACACCUGGAUAUUUUCCUGCGGUUCCUGUUGGGCGUCUCACUGGAGUCCAAUCAGAUACUCUUACAGGAUCUACUGACACACACAGUGAACAGCACAGAGACCAUCAUGAGAAUCACACAGUACAUUAAAGACAGAAUCAAGGGUGCUGAAUGUCUUUCAGCUGACAGAUGUAUCAAUCUGUUCCUCUGUCUGCUGGAACUGAACAAUAAGUCUCUGCAUAGAGAGAUUCAGGGGUUUGUGAAAUCAGAGAAUAAUUCAGUAAGUCAACUGUCUCCAUCUCACUGCUCAACAAUAGCCUACAUGCUUCAGAUGUCAGAGGAGGUGCUGGAUGAGUUUGAUCUGAAGAAAUACAACACAUCAGAUGAGGGUAGAAGGAGACUGAUACCAGCUGUGCUGAACUGCAGAAAAGCUCUACUUGCUGGCUGUAAUCUCACUGGUCAGUGCUGUGAAACUUUGUCUUCAUCUCUACAGUCAUCAUACUCCUCACUGAUAGAGUUGGACCUGAGUAACAAUGAUCUGCAAGAUUCAGGAGUGAAGCUUCUGUGUGAUGGGCUGAAGAGUUCACACUGUCACCUCAACAUACUGAGGUUAUCUGGCUGUAUGGUGACAGAAGAAGGCUGUCGUUCUCUGGCUUCAGCUCUGAGCUCAAACCCCUCACACCUGAGAGAGCUGGAUCUGAGCUACAAUCACCCAGGACAAUCAUUAGUCAAGCUGCUCUCUGAUCCAAACUACAGACUGGAUAAACUCAAUGUGGAUCAUGGAGGAGAGUUCAGGAUUACAGUUGGACUACGGAAAUAUGCAUGUGAUCUCACAUUGGAUUUAAACACAGCAAACACUUUUCUCACUCUGUCUGAGAGGAACAGAAAGGUGACGUAUGUAGAAGAGAAGCAGUCGUAUCCUGAUCAUCCAGAGAGAUUUGAUGAGCGUUAUCAGAUUUUGUGUAGAGAGAGUCUGACUGGACGCUGUUACUGGGAGGUUGAAUGGAGUGGGUUUGGGGUUUAUAUAUCAGUGACAUACAAAAGAAUCAGCAGGAAAGGAUGGAGUGAUGACUGUUGGUUUGGAUUCAAUGAAAAGUCCUGGUGUCUGAACUGUGUUAAUAAUGGUUUAUCUGUCAGACACAAUAGUAAGAUCACAUAUAUAUCUGCCCUUUCACGUCGCUAUAACAGAGUAGGAGUGUAUUUGGACUGGUCGGCUGGCACUCUGUCCUUUUACAGAGUCUCUGACACACACACACUCACACACUUAUACACAUUCAACACCACAUUCACUGAACCCCUCUAUGCUGGAUUUACAGUUUAUUCUGAUAGCUCAGUGUCUCUGUGUGAGAUUAAACAGCUUCCAGUGAGAAACAAUUGAGACACACAAUUGAGUGAAAGAAACCACUCACAUUAUGUCUCUCUUAAACUCACAACACUUGUGUGUGACAAAUUUCUAUCUGGAUAAUUUAGAUCAGUUGUGGUCUUGUGUCUCGUCUGAUUGCCUGUUGAUAGCAACAUUGCCCAAAGUUGCCCAGCAACAUUGCUCAAAAAGUUGCCCAGUGUAUCACCAGCCUUUCGCUCCAUAUGGAAUUUGACAUCUCUUCCUGAUCAUUCAUUCUUAUAAUCACUGUCAAACUAAUUGUUCAAUAGAGUUGAAGAUGUUGAUCAAACUCAUGUCAGAUUUAGUCCUUGUGGGACUCAGGAGAGUUGGAGAAUCUAUUAGAAAAUAUUCAAUCAUCAGCUUGUGUCUUAAGAUGUAUUAUGAGAUUUUUUUUUAAAUCCUCAAAUUAUAUAUUUAUUCUGUUGCUU